AUGGAGCGCUGGCCUUGGCCGUCGGGCGGCGCCUGGCUGCUGGUGGCGGCCCGUGCCCCUGCAUGCAGCUGCUGCGCGCGAGACCUGCGCCUGGGCCGCGCCCCGCUGCUGGCCGCGCUCGCCUUGCUGGCCGCGCUCGACUGGCUGUGCCAGCGCCUGCUGCCCCCGCUGGCCGCGCUCGCGGUGCUGGCCGCCGCCGGCUGGAUCGCGCUGUCGCGACCUGGCGCGCCUCGCCGCCUGCCCGUGGCCACUCGCGCUGCCCUCCUCCGGGGUUGUGACACUGGUUUUGGCCUGGAGGCGGUCAAGAAGCUGGAUACCAUGGGCUUCACAGUGCUGGCCACUGUGUUAAAUUUGGAGAGUCCUGGGGCCCUCGAGCUCAGGGCCUGCUGUUCCUCACGCCUCAAGCUGCUGCAGAUGGACCUGACCAAGCCUGAGGACAUCAGCCGGGUACUGGAGUUCACCAAGACCCACACCAGCAGCACCGGCCUAUGGGGCCUGGUCAACAAUGCUGGCCACAAUGAAGUCGUAGCUGAUGUGGAGCUGUCUCCAGUGGAUACAUUCCGCAGCUGCAUGGAAGUGAACUUCUUCGGCACGCUCGAACUCACCAAGGGCCUCUUGCCAUUGCUGCGUAGUUCUCGGGGUCGCAUUGUGACCUUGGGUAGCCCAGCAGGAGACAUGCCGUACCCCUGUUUGGCAGCCUAUGGCACCUCCAAAGCAGCCAUGGUGCUGCUCAUGGACACCUUCAGCUGUGAACUGCUGCCCUGGGGGAUCAAAGUCAGCGUCAUCCAGCCGGGCUGCUUCAGGACAGAGUCAGUCCGGAACGAGAAUCACUGGGAACAACGCAAGGAGCUGCUGCUGGCCAGCCUGCCCCGAGAGCUGCUACAGGCCUAUGGCAAGGACUACAUCGAGCACAUGCAUGGGCAAUUCCUGCACUCACUGCGCCUGGCAAUGCACGACCUCAGCCCAGUCGUUGACGCUAUCACUGAUGCGCUACUGGCAGCCAGACCGCGCCGGCGCUACUACCCAGGCCGUGGGUUGGGGCUCAUGUACUUCAUUCACCACUACCUGCCUGAGGGCCUGCGGCGCCGCUUCCUGCAGACCUACUUCAUCAGCCCCUCUAUGCCGCAGGCACUGCGGUCUGGCCAGGUCGACCUGACCCAGGCCCAGGACGCAGGCCUGGGCCCAGGUCCAAACCCAGGGCCUUCACCUGUGGUAGCCAGAUGA